UAAAUGGGGCAGCUAUAUUCACAAACCUGUAAGAAGAUACGGACGCUUCAAAACAAACGUUGCACUACAAGAAACCAGAAUGAGUAUAUCUACGUUUAUAGCAAUUUUAACAUUGAUGCUGCUUUCUGACAGUUUUACAGUUUCUGUUGUAAGUUCUAUGAGAAAGACAGAUGACAAUAAUGAACAGGAUAUGUUCAGUCCAGAGAAAGCACUUGGUGAUGAAGAACCCGAGAGGACACCAACAAAACCAUACCAAUUUCAAGAAUCUCCUCUUCUGAAUGGAGAAGACGGAAAUCAAAAGCAUUACAUUUUCAGAGAUUUAGGUCCAAAAAUGGAGUCUGCAAAUCUGCAAGGUUACAGCAGUUCCAGCAGGAUGCAAAAAUUGAUGAGACCUGCCCUAUUAAUGGAUAUAUCUUCCAUAAAGCUGCCUUAUUUGGCACUAAAGGAACCCAUGACCAGUCCACUUCAUUCAAAAAAUACAAAUGAGAUCACUCAAGAACGAAGAGAAACAGGAGAUGAAGAGACCCUGGCCAAAUUCCCUGUCGGAAGGAGAGAUUUUGACACACUCAGAUGUAUGCUGGGAAGAGUUUACCGACCCUGCUGGCAAGUGUGACAAGAGAAUUACAAGGUCUUCAGCCUUCUUUUAGGACUAAAUGUAAUU